CGUAAUUGUAAAUAGAAUCGAGGCUAGUUAGCCCGCAUUUUUGUUGUGUGAUGGCCCUUGUGUAAAAGUGUACGCCAUUACUGUGGUUUAAAACAAUCAAUGGGCGGACCAUAAAACCUCAUAUUUCUCAGGAAUGGUAACGUGAUCUUUCAGGUGCUUUAUAUCAAAUUGUUCCUUAAUUUAUUAUCUACCAAUUGCUCAUAAUUUUGGGAAAAAAUGAGCUCGAAAAAGGUACGAUUUUGCAACGGAAAAAUGGUCGGACAUUAAAAUUCAUGCAUGUGUGCAUAAAGGACGUGGAGGAAUCACGUGGUUUGUGUGUUACGAUUUAUGUUGAUAAUAUUGAAGAAAUAUCAGACAUUUAUUCAUGGUUUAUAUUUGUCUUAUGUGCCAGUUCCUAGAUAAAUGACAUUGCAUAGCCAUUCGAUACAGGUGACCUAUUGACAUUGCUUUGUUAUAACAUUGUUUUGAUUUUCAGAGUAGUACUUGGGGUUGAAAAUAGUCACGUGCUUCGAGCCAAGUUUAAGGACAAACGGGCGCGUCGGGCUUGCGUCUGAGGUGUAACUCGAUCGUACUUUCUGUACACCAAAGUUGACAACACUAGAAUUACGUGCAUACAGGUGAGAUUCUGCAAUAUCUAUGAUGUUACGUCAGCCAAACCAUCGUGCAUGUCUGUGCCUCUCUCUUUGAGAGUAUGUUGCAUGGCCGUUAUGGCACCUGCGCUAACUGAGGCAGCCACUCAGUCCUGUAUCAAAAUAUCUCAAUCUUCCCCACCAGUGAAUCCAGAGUUACAUGUGCCAUCCAUUGGUGGUAUUCCAAACGGAAAGAAUAAUCAGCCACAUAGAGCAAAGCCCAUCAGUGGGCUGACGUCCCAUGUUACCAUUGGAGAGCUUAAAAAGUUGCAACAGCAAGGUUUAUUCCAAAGCAUUGGUUGUCAAGAAAUCAAAUUCAAGUUUGAAGAAUCUGACAACACAAUUACAACAAAAGAAAAUCUACCUAAACCGUUUCUCAACGGCAAACAUUCAUUGAUUGCUUGUGAAAACAUGAACCAAACAAAUCAUGUUAAUGGCAAUGAAGAUAUUGAAACAAAAUUAAAGAGUGAUAACGGACCAAAAGUUGAUUCUACAAUUAAAAGUGUCGACAGCAAGAUUCCAGUCAGUGAAGAAAAUAAUUCUGUACAUUCUGAACAUAAAUUUAAAACAUUAGAUAAAAUGGUUGCUUCCAGUUCUGAAGUGGAUGCUGUUAGCACUACAGAAGUGCCUAACAUGGAUAUGGACACUGACACUCAAAGUCCUAUUGAUUCAAAUUUGAAAGAGGAGGUGAAAAAAAAGCAACAUACUUUAGAACGCAGAACCGAACAUUUAUUAAGACGCUUACGACGACUACAAAGUAAAGGUGUUGAAUCGCACUUGCAUUCACAACUCCGAAAUUUCGUUGGCUAUCAACAUAAAAACCUACAGACAGUUGCUAAAUCAAUUAAGAGUUCAACAUCAAAUAAUUUAAAUGAAAUUAAGACUGAAUUGUUCAACAGUGAUGAUGUAAAAAGUUUAUCAACGGCAGCACUUGUGAAUUUAGUAAGAAGACUACAGUCCAGUCAGUCGUCUUUAUCGCUGAGUCAGCGUUACCUCAACUCUAAGUCAGACAGUGGACCAACUGGUGUUUUGACAAUCGAUAAGUUUACAGCAGAAGAAUCUAUCAGAGUAUCUGGACUGUUGUCAAACAGUAUUCAUCAUGCACAGAGUUGUUGUGACUCUGAUGUAACUGAGAGUAGCUCUGGUGGUGAAAGUUGUGAUGAAGAUGACCCAACUUGCAAGAAAUCCAAAUCAACACUGUUACACCGUAGAGCAGAAUGGAAAUGGGCCUCUGAGAGAGCUAAUGUGGCGUCACGGUGGACCUGGUUACAAGCUCAAGUUUCUGAUCUAGAAUAUCGAAUAAGACAACAAAGUGAAAUUUAUAAGCAAAUUCGACAUACAAAAGGACCAGUUCUUCUUGGUGAACAGCCUUCUCCUGAAGAUUUGUUAUGGCGAAUCCGUCAGAACAGAGCAGGACAAAAGUUAUCACCUCUAGAACAAAAAAUAGCAAAUCUAGAACGCAAAAAUGAAGCUUUGGGAUCACCGUGUAAUAUAUCUAAUUUAAUGAUGAAUGUAAAUCGACAAGCUACAAAGUUGACUCAGUCUCUGGGAACAGUAUCGCCUGCUCGGAGUACGUCUGUGAUGGCAGGAGAUACAAAAUCAACACCAACUUCACAGGCGAAACAUUUAAAUGGUGUGAUAGGUUCUAGUCACAGAGAUGGUCAGAACGUUACAAUAGGACCUGGUGGUGACGGGGAUGUUACGCCACAUUCAUCUCCCAUCAAUCAUGACAUUACAUGUCAGGCAUCGCGUUGCCGUCCUGUGCGUAGUUAUAGAAAACGUAAACUGUUACGGACAGCUGGACUACACAAUGUUAGUAGAAAAGCUGCACGUCUUUCAACUGUGAAAUGUCAGUGUUAUCCUCCAAUCUCAUCGUGUCCCAUGUGUGGAGGACGAUACAAUAAUGUACAAAGGAUUGAUGUAGAUAGUUUCCCACUGCAGGAUAGAGUUGCCAUUCUUGAUCCAGCCUUUCAUCCUGUGUUGUCUUUCAAUCAAGAAAUUCCAUUAACAAUCCGGUUUGAGUCACAUCUAAAGAAAGGAGACUGGCAGAAUGCUUCAUCUAGUAAAAGUGCUAAAAUGUUGUCAUCAGAAAAAAGGCACCAAAGAUAUCUUGCAGCAAAAGAUAAAGCCAGAAAAACCGGAACAAAGUAUGCUAAAGGUGCAGCAGCAGCUCUUCUAUCAUCUGCAAAAUUACGGAACAAAUAUGAUAAGAGAACUCCAACUAAGCCAAGGUCAACACCAACAAAGAAAUCAGAUAGAAGAUUGUAUCGUAGUGAAUUGAAAAAACGAAGAGCAGCACAGCUUGCAGCAAAGAAAAAUCGAUCAGCUUCAAUACAUGGAGAUGAGUACCGAGCUAUGACUCCAUCACCAAUGUCUACAGAUAGUGACUUUGGACUUCUAUCAUCAAGUUACCCAUCUUGUUCUAAAGAUUCAGCGCUGCGGAAGAAGAAAUUAGAAAAUGCCUAUGACAUUAAUAACAUUGUCAUUCCUUAUAGUAUGGCUGCAUCUACAAGAGUGGAGAAACUUCAGUAUAAGGAAAUAGUAACACCCAAGUGGAGAAAGCUUGAACCUGAAGAAACCUGUGAUAGAGUUCCUAAUUGUGAUUACCAGAGUGAAGAUACAUCAGACGAAUCUUUUCUUUCCCGACAUCAUACCUGUGAAGUUUCUGAGAGGAAAAGAUUAUCAACCUUUGUUCAAUAUCCCAGUAGAAGAAGUAGAAGUUCUAGAACAGACAGUGGAACUACAGAAGUGUCACAAGAUGGUUCUGAUAUUUAUGGGAAAGACGAGACAUUCCGCAGACGAAGUGGUUCUAAUACUAUUCGUCGUAUAAGUAGUAGUGUGUCAUUUGAUGAUGGGGAAUUUCUUAUUCCAAUGGACAUAUGUUUUGUAGAACCUUGGAUUGAAAGAACGUUUCCAUUAUCUGAAGAAGAAUAUACCAAAAUGUUAACAGACCAACCACCCGUUGUUGAGCCACGUAAGCGUAGAAGUUCUACACGAGUUUCUCUCUCUGAAUCAUUUGGAGGUAAACCUGAAGAAGAGGCUGCGGCUGAAGGAGAAGCUAUUACUUGCUCUCCUUUACCAAGCUCAAGUUCAGGAUCUACUGCUAGUGAUGAACUCAAUGAUCCUAAUGAUCCUGAGUGGUCGGCUGCAGACACAAAUGGAACAAAAGUAACUAAGAGGUGAAUUUGUUCAAAGUAAUAGUAGCUUGAGAGUAGUGCUGUCAGGACUGUUUGUUCUGUAAGGAUAAGAGUGCUCAUGUUAUAGUGCUGUGAUGAGGAGAACUGAACAAAUUGGCAGUUUUCACUUACAACUUUCCAUAUAAACAAUGUUACUGACCAGUAACCUUUUGUAGGUUAUCAAACAUUAGGGAAUACUUGUUUGUGAAGUUCUGCCAAUUCAGUUGUGAGAUUUUUAAGGUUGGAGAAAGAAUGUGACAAGUGAUAUGUAUUAAUGAAAAGAAUUAUAGAACCAUUUUACUUCUGUACAAACAAAACAGAUAUAUUUCUAUGUAAUACAUCCCGUAAGAUCUUUGCACUCAGGUUCCAAAUUACAUUGGCAUUGGGACAUAUGAAUUGUGAUUUGGAUUAGAAAUUGUUUCAUAACUACUUUUGUAUGUGUGUUACUCUAGUACUGUAUUUUUGAGCUACUGAAAAUAGACCUGCAUAACUUGGUACUGCAUUAGUAAAUUAUUUUACUGUUAGGACCAACAUUUAACACCACCUAAUUAACAUUAGAGUCGUAAUUGUUUAUGCACAAUGAUAUUGUACUUGAACAUGUAAAAAUUAUACACCAAAAUUAAAUUGCAGAACAAAAUUUGUACUAAAAAAUCAAAAAAAAAUGAAGAUAUUAAACAGAACUAAGGGGUUUAGGCAGAUUUCAGUAUCUCACAUUUAUAUGUACAAAAUGUAAAUGUAUGCUGGCAAAGUAGAUGUGUACUUGAUGAAUAAUAAAGAUCUAAUUUCAAAGAUCAAAGAUGCAAAAAAAAAAAUUUGAUGGUAAGGCCAAGAAAAAAAAAGAUCCGUGUUUCCGGUAACCAGACCGACCCUGUUUUUUAAGCCCCAACCCUAACUUUUUAUAGGAUCUUUCAAAAAAAAAAAAAUCAUCAACCUACCCUGUUUUUGACAAAGGCUUCUGAUAGAUGACAUAAUAUUUUUUCUCUCUUGCUUCCUCUUGCAUAGAAAGCCAGUAAAACAUUUUAUUAAUAUCAAAAGGUAUUCCAAAUAGGUUAAAAUCCAAGAAAUUUGCACAGCAGGUGCUUCAAAAACAUUGCAAAUGGCACACUUCCGGUUUUUGAAACUAAUUACGGAUCCAGACAUGGAAAAACCAUAAUUUUCUGGAUUUCAUUUACGAUGUCAAAAAUUAAAAAAAUUAAAAAAUUCCAACCUACCAUCCAAAAUAAUGUUACCGGAAACACAUCUCUUUUUUAGGCCUAAUUACAUGUAGGAUGUAAUGUUUUUGAAUGCUUAUGUUAGACUACAUUUUCAAUUUUCUGAAUUGAUAAUUCAAUCAUGCUUAUAAUAAUAACAUUUCAUUAUUUCAAUGUCAAUUAUGAAAAAGAAAAAGAAGAGGAGAUUUAUGUUAAAUUUUUAUGGAAGCUUGCAUAACAUUUAUCUAGAUGAGCAAUAAUACAACAGGGAUAUUAAUUUAUAUACAUACAAAGGCAGAUUUGCUUUUUGGGGUUGUGUUUUUGUAACAAAAUAGUUGUCUGACUGCAUUGAUUUAGCUGUUAGAUUAUUGUGAUGAAAUGUACAAAAAUACAUCUGUAUAAAGGACUGGAUUUGUUGCUUUUUUGUAAGUUUCAUUGUUAAAUUUUGUAUCUGUUAUUUCACAUAAGUGGACUACUUUUUUUUCUCUUUUGCACUAUUAACAUGAUUAGAAAAAAAAUUCAUGAACAUGUCAAAAUGGGCAGUCAGGCAAACAGAUAUUUUUAAUUCUGAAAUUCUACGCAUAAUAGAAAUGCAAUAGAAUGGUGUUCACAUAAAAGAUGGAAAAAUGUACUUCUUUAAACAUGUUAAAGAUACAGAAGUUAAUAUAGUAGGAUACAGGAAUACGAAAAAUUGUUAUAUUUCCUAUGUUUUUUCAUGAAGAUAAAAUAAAGAAAAAUAGUUUAACUAUUUUAUUCCCUAAACAUUAAUAUUAUCAAGAUACAUGAAAAUUUUCAUGACAUUGAGUUUUUUUCCUGGUAAUAUUUUUUGAAAGAUAGUUUCUCAAUAGUCAGAAAAAUAAGAAGAUUAUUUUAUGUACUUGUGCUUAUAAAAAAGGUCGGGUCACUGUUAACAUACUUUUGUCAUGACCUUGUAUAGAAUAAUAUUGGAUUUUACAGUAAAAAUUUGCACUAGGAGUAUCUUUAGUGGGGAAAAACAAUUUUGAUAGCAUUUUUUCUCACUAAAUACAUUUGUCACAAUACAUUUACAUGUAGUUAUAAUUGUAAUUGGGCCAUAUCACAAUUUUUUAUGAAAUGUGCAAUGUUGGGAAAAUGUAUGUAACUUUUAUAUUUCUUAGCAGCUAUAGAGAAUUAAAAAUCUUUCAAAUAGUAAAAAUAUAGUUUUAUAUCACAACCCAACUUAAAAGAGUUCCUCAAAAAUGAUUUGUUAUAAAGCCUGGUGAAUUCAAUUUCACAUGCACUAGUUGCCUGCACAUUUCCUUAUAUCUGGAGUCGGUCAUUUAUGUACCUGUUACGUAAAUACUUUGUUAUAUUUUACUUUGUAACAACCGAUGUUAGAUCUUACUAAUAUGUCCUGUUUAUAGAUAUGCAUGAUGCAAGGUUUUUAAUUCAAGGACAAAUCCGGCCAUAAUACAUUAACAUAAGUGCUAUUAUAUUAUAUUUCCAUUCAACUUGUAUCCAUUAUACUAAUUUAUAAAAGUUAUGGAUGAUUUUGCUCUUUUUUAUGGAAUUUAGCUUUGUCGAUCAAUAAUGUGUGAUCAGUUCGUUGUAAGUUGUAAGGCGGACUGUCCCUUUCAAACAUUUAUAGAAGGCAUUUUUAAAAACAGAAUAAUAAUUAAAAAUUAAAGAUUUUACAUCAUUUUGACUGUUCUUUACAUCUGCUCAUAGUGGAGAUUUAGAAGUGCCUUCCCUGGGUUCCAUGUAUCUUUUAUGGAAAAAAAAAUAAGUAAUUUUUCAACGUAUAAAUAAUCUUGGUCAUGUUGGUUGGCGAUUAAUAAUGUCGUUUAAGAUGUAGAUGAACAAAAAUAAUGUUGUCUUUUCUUAUCUUUGCAACACUUUUUUGUAUUAUACUUUACAAGGAAUCAUUGAACAUGUUUAGAAUUUAAACUGAAUAAAGUUAAAAAAAAAAAAAAAAAAAAAACUUCUUUCAAGAACUUUUCUAUUUGGUUUAUAUGUUCCUAUACAACUCAACUAAUAAAAUACAUUUUUAAAAGUUUUUUGUUGCCUUGUUAAAGUCUUUGAAUGGAUGUGGUGAAUUUGUUUAAUGAUGAACAACUAUGAUAAAACAAUAGCGAGAAGUAAAUCUUGAAAUAAAGUUUUUGAUGCAAUUUGAAAGUUUUGUUUGCGAUUUAUUUUGUUUCAUUGAAUUUAUUUUUAUGGUUUAACAGUUGAGAUUUUGAUUAAAUAAAUUUAUUAUGACCAUUGAAGCCAACAAAAAUGGCUAUCCUCACAAAACUAUUUAUUGUUAUAAGAACAAUAUAGGGUGUGUUAAUAAACAAACACUAAGACCAAUUCAUAGAUGUGAUUUUCUGACUGAAACUGUGUUUUACAAAACGAGAUAAGCUUGCUGACUGUUCCAAAGGUUUCUGCUACUACUAAGUGUAGAAAACAGUUUUAUUCCCACCACUCUAACCAAAAAGUGAUUAACUUUCCUGAAAAGGGGUAAAUUCAGAUUUUUAUUAGGUCACAAAGCUCCACGUGCACACUUCAUCAAAUUGAAAAUCAACUUACAUUUACUCUAAUUAAAUAGUCCUGCAAUCAUGUUUAUCGCACUGAGGAGUUUAUCUCUCACUGAUCAUGUUUAUGUAAAAUCUUUGUUAAUUGUUUAUUUGUUUAUGCUGUAUAUUACUUGUACAUUUACUGUAUAGUUGUACAAAUGUAUAUAUUGUUUCUCAGAAAUUUGUAAAAUAAAGCCCUACUGAAAUUA